AUGGCUGAGGUGAUUGCUGCAUCAAAAGUCGGACAGCAACAUCUACUCUUCCAACGCUGGGCCCAAGAACAUGGAGAAAUAUUUCGUGUCCGCGUUGGUCCCUUCACAGAAUACUUCAUCAAUUCUGAUGUCGCAGUCAAAGAGAUCUUUGACAAGUCAUCCGCACAAACAGCAGAGCGGCCACGCUGGAUUGUGUCCAAUGAGCAGAUAUGCAACCAACUCAAUGUCUUGCUACUUAACGCUAGUAACCCUCGCUGGAAGCACCAACGCAAGGUCAUUCACUCCGGCCUGACUAGCAUACCCAGAGCAGAUGCUGGUCUACCGUUUCUUCAUUACGAGACUGCGAAGUUCAUGCAAGAGCUUGCCAACAACCCGAGUAUAGGCCGUGAAAGCAAAGAACUGUUUGGUGCGAUCGGACGCUAUACUUAUAGCACGUUUGCUUCACAAACCUUCGGCUUGGAUAUACCAGACACAAAUGAUCCCACGAUCAACUAUAUCUACGAGACUGGGUUAGCACAAAUCCAAGGCACACUGCCCGGCAGUCACAUUGUUGAUAUUCUGCCGUGGCUGGACAAUCUCCCAAUGUUUCUUAAGCCAUGGGAGCGUAAUGCUCGGCAAAGAUUCAAGCGGGACAUGGACUGGUGUGUCGAACGUCUCAUACGGAUUAAAAAGGGAAGAUCUCGCAAUGUAAUGCAAGAUGCUUUUCUGCCGCGUGUAUUGGAGGACGAGAAGAACCUUGGCUUCGGCAGUGUAGAAGAAGCAGCUUACCUUUCUCUCCAACUUAUCAUUGGCGCCGCAGAUACCAGCAAAAUGUCUACCUGGUCGUUCUUGGAGGCCAUGAUGACUUACCCCGAAGUCCAAGAGAAGGGACAUCAAGAGAUCGUCAAGAUCGUUGGUGAUCGUUUGCCUGUUUUUGAAGACCUUGAACAAAUACCUUAUGUACGGUGUUUGAUGAAAGAAGUGUGGAGAUGGCGCCCUCCUGUGAGUCUCGGACACCCACACACCACGACUCGCGAUCUCGAGUAUGGCGGAUUUCGAAUUUCUAAAGGCUCAAGGCUGCAUUUGAAUGCUUGGGCGAUACAGCACGAUCCUGAUCGUCACGAAGAUCCUGAUCGGUUCUGGCCCGAAAGGUACUCUGCUGACCAUACAAACACUAUGCAAAGCAUCAACGCGAGCGAUGUGCGCAACAGGGACCACUUUGCUUUUGGUUCGGGACGUCGAGUUUGUCCUGGGUACCAUGUAGCAGAACGCUCUCUUGCUGUCGCCAUCAUGCGUUUGCUGUGGGGUUUCAAGAUCGCGCCCAGUCCCGACGCAAAGUUGCCUCUGGAUCCGCGUGACUUUGCUGGAGAGAUGCCCGGUAACCCGGGCGAACAAAUGCCAGUGACUGUGGUAGUCCGCGAUGAGAAGACACGCAGUAUCAUCAACCAUGCAUUCAAAGAAGCAGUCGCGACUCGUGUUCAACUAGUAAGAAUCCUCUUGCACUCCAAAAGAUACAAUAUACUGACCAACUUGCAAAAGGAACCGCUUGCUUAA